AUGGCUAAGGUGUUGACUCUACUGAAGACGAUACGUAAUAACUGGAAGAAAUCUGUGGUAGGAGCCGCGGCCUUCUCGUAUGGAAUAUCAUACGGUAAACAAGCAUACGAUACGGAACAAUUAAUGCGUCAGUGUUGUGAAGAAGUAGUCCAAUAUGGAGAUGCUUCUUGUUUUCCAAACAUUAGACCUCGUCAUGUGACUGUUAUUUUAAAUCCGGCUGCUAAGAAAAGAAAGGCUAAGAAAUUAUUUCAGAAGUACUGCGAGCCUCUAUUACACUUGGCUGGUAUUUCUGUAACUGUCAUCGACACCCAAUCAGGAAGUCAUGCACGUAAUACAAUAACAAAUUUGGAAACACCUACCGAUGCGAUUAUUGUAGCAGGAGGAGAUGGUACUUUGUCAGAUGUUAUAACUGGCUUGAUGAGGAAGUACGAGCACAAUCUUCAUUCAGCCAAACAAUGUCCUAUUGGCAUUUUGCCAUUGGGAAAUACAAAUACAAUCGCGAGCAUAUUUUAUCGAGGAUACGAAGAUUUAAUUGACGUACAUCACAUGAUUGAUUCGACAAUGGCAAUUAUUAAAAAUAGUCUCAAAUCGAUAGAUGCCAUUGAAAUCAAAUUACUGACUAACGAUCCUGAAAAUCCCAUAAAGCCAAUUUAUGCUGUUGGAAGCAUAGAAUGGGGAGCUUGGAGCGAUACACAUGCACACGUUGACAAAUAUUGGUAUUGGGGUUCCUUACGCAAAUAUGCGGCCUAUGUGUUCAAUGGUUAUAAGUCAAACUUGACCUGGAAGUGCAAUGCGCUAAUGAAAUAUACAAAUCCUUGCAAAGGAUGUUCAUGUUGUUAUUCCAAAGAUUUGUCUUACAAUCAAUUUACGAAUUCGAAUAGAAGAUGGUGGCAUGCAUUUCUGCCAAAGCAGCAAACGUUUGUUUCUGACAAUUACCUCGAUUAUAGUAAAGUAGUGAAUGAAGAUUGUGGUGUAUUUCAUGAGAUGCCCAUUUCAACAACAGAACUAUGCAUAAAAACUGAAAAUAUAUCAGUUCAAUCAAUGCCUUUAUUAAAAAUAACUUUAGGUCCAGAAAAUGUUAGUUAUGCCAAAUUUGUUGAGAAAGGAUGGAAACAAGAAAGGGACAAUGAACUGCCAACAAAUUUAAUAUUAGAUGCAAAGGAUAUUGAAUUAUAUCCUGAAAUAAUGAAUGAAAAUCAGAUGUUUUACAUUGAUCAUGAAGAAUACGAAUUGAAGCCGAUUCAAAUAAGAUUACUCCCACAAUCUGUAACAAUUUUCUGUCCUGAGUCAAAUAGUUAAUAAUACUUAAAAAUAAUUUAAAAUUAUUUCACAACAUUUAAUGCUUAUAUCACAAUGAGUUUAGAUUAUCUAAGAAUGGAUGGAGAAGGGAUAAUAAAACAU